CAUCACCAAUUCAUCACAUUCAUCACUGGUUCAUCACAUUCAUCACGAGUCAUCACGAGUCAAUACGAGUUGACUACACCGCUUUCCCCUGCUAUCUAGCACUCAACAACAACAGCAACAGUCUAUUAGACACGUCGGAGCAAUGCCAGGAGCUCAGCCAAAGGAGACAUGGCGGAGCAGCACAGCCAAACAGAUGCUUCGAAUCGAGAUCCUCUGUGAUCGAAUCACCAAGGAAACAGACCUGAGUGUGAUCCACCAGAGCCACGAUGAAUACAAGAAAUGGGAUUGGAAACAGUUCAAAAGAAAUACGGAGAAUCUAAUCAAUCUUGCAAUGAUCCGGCGAAGAAGGGCAAAAUCAAAUGGACUGGUAGCGCUGGCAGAGAGCGACUGAAGCAAGAGAUCAUUGCUGGAAGCGUCCACGAGAUGUCUGACCCAGCGGAAGUGCACCAGAGACAUGACGAUUAUACAAUCUUUCCUCUCAACCAAUUCAAAACAAAUUUGGAAAGUCUGCUUGAGCAAAUCAUCAACGAAUUUGAGCGCUUUGAGGUGGAUGCUGAAGCUUACGGCCAUGACAUUGCCAUCAUUUUGGCCACUCGGACCGACAUGCCAGAGAAACGACCCUGGCAUAGAUCUCCCUGCAAAGAGCUUCUGGAAAAGCUUGUCAAAGAAGGAAAACAUUUGGAAAUUGAUCCUGAAACAGAACAGAAAAUAAAACCAAAAGCAAUCUACCAAUCAGACUGCAAGUUCCGGGAAUUCUCCCUGAAGGUCUUUCGCAAUCAUCUCUACCAAGAAGCCGACAAACAAGCAAAGAAAGACCGUCCUCGAAAGAAGACACAAAAGAAAAGAGCUCGAAGAAGCCGUGCCGAUAGAGUUGUUGAAGAGGCCCACCACCUUCUUAAUAGGGUCGACCGACCAGAGGCAUAAGAUUAUCCUAAGUCACCACUACUAGUUGUUUAAUCUCUACGUGAU